CAAAGGUGGUAAGUUCCCCGGAUGGGUGUUCGGCGCUGGGUGACCGUCUCGUGUGGUGUCAACGGCUCUCCUCAGUUCAAAUUGCUCUAAUGGCAUCAAAUUCGGGCAAUCCACUUGAAACUAAACAUGAGACAAGGAACAAGACACUGGAACGAUGUCUUGAUGUUUUACGAUCUGCAAACAAUGAUAGUGAACAAUUUGCUGCUCUCCUUCUGGUAACUAAGGUGGUGAAAGCGGGUGACAUCAAUGCUGGGACGCGACGAAGGAUAUUCGAUGCCAUCGGAUUCUCUUUCCCAAACCGACUCCUUGUUUCCAAAGAGACACCCCAGGACUGUCCCAUUCAUGUUUUCCGUGCUCUUGGGAUAACUCUACUUGCGUGCUUUUCAACAAAUCCAGAAUUGGUCACUCACCCUCAGAUUCUAAACAAAAUUCCUAUAUUCAACGAAAUAAUCAGCUCGGAGGUGGAUUCUGAAGCAGAUAAUCCCAUCUUAACAUCGAUGAUCGAUGACUCUUACCAAUGUCUCACUGCCGUUUCUGCAUCCUCUCAGGGACAAAGACAUCUGGUGAAUCGAGGAACAGUGCCUGCUUUAUGUCAAGCUUAUCUAAAACAAGGCCAUAGUCACGAGCAGGCUUUGCGGCUUCUGGUCACUCUGUUAAACACGAUGGAACAGAAAUGUUGGAACACCUACAAGCCAGAGCUUUCGAAGGUGCUCGGUGUCCUCUGUGAGCAGUUUUGCAGAAUCGAAGAUAGUAGGAAAUUUGAGUUGUGUGAAAUGUUGCAGCAUGUUCUACCCCCUUUUCCUAUUCUGACAGAGGACUCGGUCCCUGGGUCACUGAAGAACCUGUACACUGGACUCUUCAACAUUCUCAACAGUAAACUCAGCAGCUCGCAAAGUGACCCAGCUUUGAAACUCGCUGCUAUACUUCUCACUGUUUAUGGCUCAGACUGGAUCCUGGCAGAGAAUGCUGAAACAAGACGUAAAUUCCUGGCGCUGAUUGUGAACCUGGCCUGUGUGGAAGUUAGAAUUUGCCUGGAGGACCCAGGUCUGGGCAUAACUUGCUCUAAACCAGAUGUCAUCACAGCGUGUUACAGUAUCAUUGAGUUUGCGAUGAUGGUUUGUUCAGUUGGUGAGAAGAUUUGUUUCACAGUGGCAGAAAGCAACCAGUUAGUACGAAUAAUGGAGGAGGCAUUUGGAGCAGUAAUAUACUCCCUCAAGCAGGUCACAGAGAACAAGCUGCAGGAUCCAUUUCUAUUUGCCUCGGUUCGCAUCCUAGGAGUAUGGAUGGCUGAAGAAACCGCAGCGCUCAAACAGGAAAUCUGUGACGUGCUACCUUUUCUGAUUCAUUAUGCAAGGACUUUGUUUGAAUGCCCAGCAAAGUUAGAUGACUUGUCCAGUCAAGUGGAAGGGCUCGCUCUAGUUGACCGCUCUGAGACAACAGCCUGGACUAAAGAUGCCCUGAGGUUUCUGUUACCUGGGUUUUGUCACCUUUCAGCUGAGGAUGAGCCUCGGAGGAUCUUGAUCUCGCAUGGGUUUCAUGUCUUGCUUCUCCGUUACUUUACACAACAGUGGGAGGUUUUCAUUUCGUCCCCGAAUGCACCGUAUGAUGCUGAAAUGAGUCUCAGGACAGCGUGUGGAAUCUUUCUGAAUCUUGUGGUAACCGAGCCAGAAAUGAUCAGACAAGAGGAAUGUUUCUCAUCCCUGUUGAGUUUGCUAAUGGAGUCUCUGCAGUCAUUGCUGUGCAGCCAACAUCACCUCAUUCUCGCUGCAAAUUUUACCACUCUGGGACUCAUGAUGAGUCGGAUAUUAGCAGAUACUCCAGUGCUUCAGGGGACCGCAGUCUCCAGGGGAUUUUUCCGAGGGGCGAUUCACUUUCUGUCCAAGGCCCACGUGACUCAACUGGAGGAGGCUGAGGAGAGAACCCAGAUUGUGGUAUCUGAGAGAUACCAAGAAGCUUGGGAUCAAAUCUCGGAGCUCUGGUUCCUGGGCAUGCAAGCCUUUGCCAGUUGUGUGCCCUUAUUGCCCUGGCUACCACAAAGUGUGGUCGAAUCAGAUUGGUUGAAGGAUAUUUUUGACUUGCUGAACCGGGCUUCACCGGUGACUGUGGAGCUUGACUUCAUUACCUCCUUACAAUACGUUCUAGUAGAGCUGGCUAAAAACAGCAAACACUGCCGAGACAUCAUGCUUCUGAAUGAUUGUGAGGAGAAGGCAAACCUGUAUGGAAUGGCAGGCUUGGAGCAGUGUUUGUGUCAACUUGAGCCACCCCAUCCACUUAGGAUGGUCACCACCCCACGUUUUCUGAAGUGACGUUUUAGGGAUAAUAAUAAUACUUGCAUUUGAUAUAGCGCC